CGCCGUCCUUCAUGUCGUCGACAACGUCAACGGCGACAUUCAAAGCCUUGCCUUGGCUCACGGCAAACCACCCUCACAUUCAUCUGAGCCGCCUAAGCCACCUUCUAUGUUGCUCUUGAUAGCUCGCAUGGUUCCCCGCAAGAGGCGACAGCCAACCAUCUCCAAGUACUCGGACGGACUGUAUGCAUGGGUCUGGAUUGACAAAUCGCCUUCGUCGAAGCUACCCGGACCUCUCGCCUGAGAACGGUGUUAAUUGUACGCGUCCAAUACGCGAGGAAGCGGAUGCAGCACUUGCGCGAUCUCUCGGGGCGACUUCGACGUCGAGGAAGGGCUACCUGGCUCCCUAUACUGCUCUCUCGCGAGCAAUGCGGCCGGAAGUUGUGCUUUCUCCAAGGCUGUUGCGCAAGACUGCAUCCUUAUGAACGACCCUUCAUACCAGUAGCCUCAAACCUUCGCGAUAAGAUCGCAUCCUUACUGUCAGAUAUCUGCCGUUUGACAGCCCGAGCAAGAACCGAGGUGCCGACGCCGACAUCUAUCUUCGAUGAUUCCGUACAGCCUGCCUCAUCGACAAUAUCACGAACUUCCUCUAAUUUCCUCCUGAAUUCCCCCCACCACCACUGUGGCCGUCCAGCGCGUCAUGUUCUCACAACACUCAGCAGUCAAGGAACCAGCUUGGAACCAGCACAAAGCCUAGGUUCAGCCCCCCUGGAAGGAUCAUACGGAAGAACCGCCCUUCGUCACCCCACCUCAACCAAUCAGGCAACAACAGCCUUCGCUCUAGUCCUUCGCGUCUUCGACACGGCCUCUACUCCCCAUCGACCAGUCUCCGAUGACAAUCGCGCCUUCAUAACCCGCCCCUCACAUUCACUCCUUCAUACAGUCCGACGCUCGGGAACGUGUCGCCACCCACGAUCGCGCAUGCCACCGACUGCUUCGAGGCACCCUUGAGCACAGCCGCACUACGUGCUUGUAUUCUUGGACCUGUCGCUUGUGUUCGAUUCAAUCGAUUCAAGGUCGCCCAGUGCUCGCAAACCCUCCCGGCUCAUCCCCAAACCCUCCCGGCGCAUUCGCAUAUCAUCCCGACGCAUCCGCCACAUUCUCGAUUCCCCGGCC